CAGAGUCUUGAAGAUGGUAGCCAUCAUCACACUGCUGGUGCUGCUGUUCUCCGAGUGCGGAGCUCAGAUCCAGUGCUCCCAGAGUGAACUGGAGACCGAGAACCAGCUGAGAGAACUCAGAGCCAUGGUGCUGGAGCUGAGAGGGAAGCUGACCGGUACCCAGAAGGAGCUCCGGGACACCAUGACUGCGCUGCACGACACCAACACUGCGCUAGCAGCAGUGAAGGCCUCAAAUGCCGCCAGAGACACCAGACUGGUGGCCACGGAGAGAGUCGUGGAGCAAGUGAAGAGAGACACCGCAGCACAGCAUGCAGACUUAACCUCUGUGAAGACCAACGUGGCAAAACUGAAGUAUGAGUUUACAGAGAAACCCAAGGUAGCGUUUUCGGCAGGUUUGACCAACUCAGGAACUGUGAAGGCUGGGAACACUGACUUGAACUUGGUCUUCACUAAAAUCAUCACUAAUGUUGGAGAGGCCUACAGCAGCACAACAGGCUUCUUCAAAGCUCCAGUCAGGGGAGUCUACUACAUCAGAUUCACAGUCAUGGACCACCUAGCCGGACACAUUAUGUACAUCAAGAUGUAUAAGAAUGGAGAGCAGGUCAUGUUUUUAGGAGAGUAUGAUACAGAUGGACAUUCCUCCUAUCUGUCCAGUGGUGCGACUCUGCAGCUGGAGGUGGGAGAUGUAGUCAACAUGCGACUCCCUGCAGGCUACAGGCUCUAUGAUGAUGCUGGUAAUCACAACACCUUCAGUGGCUUCCUGCUCUUUCCUCUCUGAAUGCAACACACUGAA